CAUGUCAGGACGGUGCACUGGAUGUACUAACAAGUAUACAUACUUUGAGCACCCCAGAUUGUGUCCAGAGUGUAGAAGACAAUUCUGUAAAACCUGUUUACCUAAUCUUGCUCCUGGCAGCAAAAAGAAGAAGAAAUCAGAGCCUUUGUACUCAGUGAACCCUUGUGUGUACUGCAAUAAACAGAAGGACAUCAGUGAAGUGGAGGAGGCUGAGAUUUUGGAGAAUUUUCAGGAGAGAUUUUAUAAACACUCACAUACGGAACCACCAAUCCAAUCACAUAUCGAUCAAGAGCUUCGUAAAGGCCUACCUAAAGAUGAUGGUGGGGCUAUUAGACUCUCAGAAAAAGAUCGAGCCCUUGAAGAGCGAUUGAAGAAGCUUAAAGAGUCCAACAACCCUCGGUCUAAUUCGGGCGAUAUACACGACAGACUUGCACGAUUGACAGGAGAAGAGGGCCCAAAACCAUUGCAUUCUCCACCCAAAACUGGAGGGACCACUCAAGUCGACCAGACCAAUGAACUGAUCGAGAGAACUAUCGAAGAAGCUAAACUUGACGAAAAACUUGAAGAGACUAGAGCCAAAGAAGACGACAAUUUGCUACAGAGGCUUCAAGCUCUAAAAGGAGUCAAAACAACCAACACCCAAGCAAAGAAAGACGUAAAAAAAACAAACAUUGAUGUUAACAUGUUUCUAGAAGAUUUUGACAUUGAGAUUCCGGAUGAAGACCCUGAUAAGCUACUCGACGACUUACAAAAGUUUCAAGCCCGAGAAGAGCAAGCCGCACUUGCUGAAGCUAGCCAUGAAGAUAUGCAGGCACUCAUAAAUACUGCCAAGGAACUAGCCAAAGAAGACGAUAACACUGUUGCAUCCAAAAUAUCUAAUAUCAAGUACCCAGAUCUCGAUGAAAAGGAGGAAGGAAAAGAAGUUUCUAAACUGAUCAGUGAUGUCCUAAACGAGAUUGGUGAGGAGAAAGGCAGCAAAGAACAGCAAGAAGUAGAUGACGGAGAUAUUGUUCGAAGUAAACUGGACCACCCCCCUCAAGAUCUCAAUAUAUCUUGGGACUAUUUUGGUCAGCAGCCAUCAACUUCACAAGACGAUCUCCCUGCUGCUCGGCAAUUAGGAACGCAGUCAAGCGGGGAAGAGGAUGACCCUGAAUUACAAGCACUAAUAGAGAAGUUGAAAAUUGAAGCAGAGCUGGACAGGAAUUUGGAAGCGAGUGGGUUGAGUGUACGACCACUCGUACCUGAGGGGGAGAAGCAGUCUGAGGGAGCAAAAGCGUGGCCGGCAGCCUCAGGGAGUGAUGAGGAUUGCCCCUGGUGUUGUAUCUGUAACGCAGAUGCUGCAAUCCGUUGUCGUGACUGUGAUGACGAUCUGUAUUGUACUCGAUGUUUCUCUGAUGGUCAUGAACAGUUUGGAUUGUUUGAUCAUCGCUAUGCUUCAUAUGAACCACAUAGAUCUUAGUUUAGCAUUUUUAAUCUAUGUUAUAGAUCUAACUAGCUAGUAUUAUUAUUGUGAACAUUGAGUGCAUGCUGUGUACAUGCUGUAAUUGUGUGUACUAUGUGGUAUUUCAUGCUGUUUUUUUUCCAUCUUA